AUGCAAAAUCGAGACAGGAGAAAUCACAGCUCUGUAACAGAGUUUAUACUCCUGGGCUUCUCCAGAAACCCCAAGACCAACUGGAUCCUUUUCUUCCUCUUUCUCUUCCUGUAUUUGUUUACAGUCCUAGGUAAUGGGCUCAUUGUUACCCUGAUCAGAAUAGAUGCACGCCUUCACACCCCCAUGUACUUCUUCCUCAGCAUUCUUUCUCUAUUGGAUCUCAGCUAUGCUACUACCACAGUACCCCAGAUGUUGGUGCAUCUAGUAAGCAAGAAAACAACGAUCUCCUACAUUGGGUGUGUGGUCCAGAUGUAUGUUUUCCUGACCUUAGGCAUCACUGAGACCUGGAUUUUUGCAGCCAUGGCCUAUGACCGAUAUGUUGCCAUAUGCUAUCCACUCCACUAUGGGGUCCAAAUGAGUCAAACUCUCUGUAUACUCUUGGUAGUCAGCUCUGCCUUUUGUGGUCUUACCUGUGCUCUUGUCUAUACUGUCUUUGCAAUGACUCUACCUUACUGUGGCCCCAAUGAGAUCAACCAUUUCUUUUGUGAAAUUCCUGCCGUUUUGAAGUUGGCCUGUGCAGACACAUCUCUCAAUGACCAAGUGGACUUUAUAUUGGGUUUCAUCUUGCUCUUGAUCCCAUUAUCCCUCAUCCUGGCCUCAUAUGUUCGAAUCUUCACAGCUAUUCUGAGGAUUCGUUCUACCCAAGGGCGAAUAAAGGCCUUCUCUACCUGUGCCUCACAUAUCACUGUGGUCACUAUGUUUUGUAUUCCUUGCAUGAUCAUGUAUAUGAGGCCUGGCUCUGAGGCUUCCCCAGAGGAUGACAAGAAGUUGGCUCUCUUCUAUAAUGUCAUCUCUGCCUUUCUCAACCCUAUCAUCUACAGCCUCAGAAAUAAGGAUGUGAAAAGGGCUUUCCUCAAAUUAAUCAGGAGAAAACAGGUCUCCACGAAACAGAUUAUCAUUGAGAGGAGUAUUCCCAUCAAGACAGAGGUUUUCAGGGAUGCCAAACUGCCCUUAAGCAGAAAAGAACAUGAUUAUAGCUUUGAGAUCAACUUCCAGAAGUUUAAAACACCCAAAUAA